AUGGCCCCGCGGAGUCUGCCUGCGGCGCUCGACCUGUUCCGUCGCUGCGCGCCGCUGCUCGUCUUGCUCCUCGCGCCCGCCACCGCCGUGCAUGGUGCCGCUGGUUUGGAGGCCACGGCCUCCCGUUCACGUGCCGCGUCGCACGUGUCGCAUAGAUCGCAUGUAUCAUACGCAGCUUCGUUCGCCGAGGAGCGUCGCGCGUCCGUCGCUCGUCAGCUGAGUGGGACAGCCGCGUUAGCCGCACCGACGAAGCUCGCACCUUCCCAAUUGCAAGCGCUGCUGGCGCUGGACGCGGCGUGGGGGGUGUGGCGGCUGGACGAGUCGGCCGAGUAUUGCUGGCAAUGGAACUUCGUCCAGUGCGACUCGCUCGGCAUGGUCACCAACUUGACGUGCGGGAAAUCCAUCAUGGCUGGCGCCAUGGACCCUGCUAUCUCCAACCUUACCUCGCUCCAAGAACUUGACGUGGCAGAGAGCAACUUGACUGGCAGCUUCGACUUCAUGGCCUCUCUGCCCGCCUCCAUGCAGCACCUGGACUUGAGCGGCACCAAGCUGAGUGGCGAGCUGCCUGUUUCCAUCGACAGCGCAACCAAGCUCACAUACCUCAAUCUGGGGUUUCUGAACUUCACCCGAUUGCCUGCAUGGAUCAGCUCCCUUUCCAGCCUCGAAUACUUAGACGUGUCUGGCAUCACGGGCCAGCGCAUGCGCACCGCACCCUUCCCCACGGAGUGGACGGCCCUAAAAAAGCUGCAGAACCUGUACGCGGAUGACAAUGGGUUCACGGGCUCCAUUCCCAGCACCAUCUCCGCCCUCUCCAGCCUCACGCAUCUGUCAUUGGGUUACAACUACUACAUUUCGGGAAGCAUACCCGACACACUUUCCACCCUCAAGUCCUUGUACUAUCUACGGCUUGCCUCGAACAACCUGUCAGGCUCCAUCCCUCCGUCCUUCACCGCUUUGACAUCUCUCGCUGUCCUCAAUAUCAAGGAGAACCCUCUUUCAGGAGGCUUGGAGGCACUUUCAAGCAUGAAGGAGAUCUUCUACCUCAUUAUCGGUUCGUGCAAUUUCUCGGGCCCCUUUCCUGAAUUGAAGGCGUUAAAAAGCAUGAAUACCCUGGACAUAUCCAACAACCGCUUCACGGGAACCUUCCCGGCAGUCGCGCUCCGUACAAGCGUUACUCACAUCAACAUGUCCCGCAAUGCCUUCACAGGAGCUAUCCCUUCUGCCAUCUCCAACCUGCUCUACCUGUCAACGCUGGAUCUUCACGGCAAUGCUUUCACUGGCACUCUCCCAGACGUUCGCUCUUAUGACAAGCUUGCUGAGCUAGAUGCUCUGCUCAUCGGAGGUACAUGGGGUUGCUCCAAGUUCAAGUUCGAUUCGAGCCUCUUGAAAAAGUUGAACCAAUGUUCCACUCCACGCCACGGCAAUCAGUUCACGGGCGCCCUUCCUACCUCCUAUUCCCGCAUGUCCUAUCUGCAGCUGCUGAAUGUCAAUGACAACAAGUUGUCCGGCCCCAUUCCUGCCAGCGUGGGCAGCCUUGCCAACCUGUGGUCCUUUAACACGACGGCCUCGGGUCUGACCUGCCCAGCAGACGGCAGCAAGUGUGUGGUGCAGCAGCAGAACACCUCUACCUUCUGCCAGCUCUGCUACUCCUUCUGCUCCUCCUGCACGCCCCUCAAGC